AGAACUCGCAAAUCAGAAGCUCCCAAAAGAAUCUCUUCUUCCUCAGUGCUGCUUCAGCGCCCCACUCCCUCGCGGUCAAAUGCCGCCGUCCAGACGCGGGCCCACCUCGCCGGCGUCCACUCGUGUACCGGCCGGCGGCCUCACGGGACGGACCGCAUCUUGCCGUCGCCUCCGGCGAGCUCGCCGCCGCGCGUUUCAUGGCGUAGAGCAGGGAUCUGGUCUGGCUGGUAGGAGGUGCGUCUGGGCGAGCGCGAGUGGUUCCUUCGAGCAAGAUAGCAGUGGGGAGGACGUGGUAUUGCCUUCUCAGGUAGUGGAGGAGGGUAAAGUAGAUUUGCCGAAGAUUCUAAAGAGUGCCAAUUCCAUUAUUCCCCAUAUAGUAUUGGGGAGCACAAUUCUUGCUCUGGUAUAUCCGCCUUCAUUUACAUGGUUCACAACCAGGUACUAUGCACCAGCUUUGGGAUUCUUGAUGUUUGCUGUAGGUGUAAACUCAAGCCUGACAGAUUUUAUUGAAGCAAUAAAAAGGCCAGAUGCUAUCACUGCAGGUUAUAUCGGACUCAAUAUCAAACCUUUGCUUGAAUUUCCUUUUUGGCACUGUUGUAGGUUAAAACCUUAG